AGUUUCUCAAAUCUUUACGGGAGGCUGACAAAAUGGGCAUUUCGGGGGCAGCGUUCAUGAGUAUUUGGGAGAAGGAGAUGGAAGAUCAGCAACAGGGCUUACAGUCCAGUCAAAAGGGCAGGGCCAAAGGUACACAGUCAGCUGAGCUCCUCCUCCUGAUCAGUAAACUGACCAAUGAGAUCACCGCUCUCAAGUCAGAAGCACAUCAGCUGAGACAGGAAGUUACGACCCUGCGCUCUGACCUACUUAACCAGAACACGGAAGUGAUAGAGAAGACAGUGAGCCGAUGUUUGGCGCAACAUUUCCAGGAGUUUGAAGGCAAGUUCAAGGUGACCGUCAUAGAGCCCCCAGCAACAAGAGCGCCCUCUGCAUCAGAAGUGUCAUCAGAUGAUGAUGGUGAUUUUAAAGAUGCUGCUACCAAUACGGUGUUCCAGUAUUUUCACUUAGCUGAAAUGGAGUUUAGAGUAUAUCUUAACCAGCUGGGCUCUUCACAUUUUCAUUCGAAAAUUAUCAGCCCUCCCUACCAGAUAGCCAAUGCUCCUGUGUCAGCUUCCCUCGGUUGUUGGUUGGAUGAAGAAAGACAACUCUGUAUCAAUGCUGCAAUAUUCAGUAAAAGUUACCUGCCCUUGCAUCCCAAAUCUUACUUCCGGGUGACAGGUCAAAUAAAGAACAGAAACUCCGACUCAUUUUCAGGGCUCUUCGAAGGGGAGACAAGACAGCUUAGCGAGCUGAGCCCUUCUAGGAAAGAAUGGUUUGAAAUCAGCGUGUGUUUGAAGACGUGUAAACGCUCCUACAACAACCCAACUGUGGGCGAUUUAAAGCAGAGAGGAUUUGUAUUAGACCAGUCUCUGGUCAUACAAUGGGACAUUGAACACAAAGUUUACAACUCGCAUUAAUUUUA